GAUACUGAACACCGUGGGUGGAUCGGAUCGGGCACGAAGAGACAGCAACAUUUACUCUUCAACACGUUGAUUAAGCAGCAAACCCCGAACAGACAUGUCAUCAGAUAACCAGGACACGGAGACGCAGAUGGACGAGAAUCAGGAAUCUCAGGACACAAACUCAAACCCAGUGCGGAAAGAGGACAAUUUGAAAGUGAAGUAUCCCCAUUUGGGUCAAAAGCCAGGUGGCUCUGACUUCCUGAUGAAGAGACUGCAGAAAGGACAAAAGUAUUUUGACUCAGGAGAUUACAACAUGGCAAAGGCAAAGAUGAAGAACAAACAGUUGCCUGCCGCAGCCGGUCCAGACAAGAACAUCGUUACCGGGGAUCACAUUCCAACCCCACAAGACCUUCCGCAGAGAAAGUCCUCAUUGGUUACAAGUAAACUUGCUGGCUAACAUCACCCGGAGGUUUUGAAUAAAUCCUCUUAGCAAACUUCCAAAACCUCCCCAGCCCCACCAGACCAGCUUCAUCAGGACUGGUUAUCAAUUUAUUUUGUUUCAUUUGUUUUCAUUUGGGUGUUGAGUUUUGCUGUCACUUUCGUGUAACUUCAGUAGGUCUAACCAACCCAGCUCUGUUACCCUCUUCAGUGUCCCACAUAUGGUAGGGAAAAACUAAACCCUCUGUAUUCCAGACCCCAGUUGAGCAUGAUGCACUUUAAUCCGUGUACCCUGUACAUCAGUCAUAUUAUGAACAAAACCCUGAAGACUUCACACAUCAAAAUGAUGUUUGAUGCUUUUAAAAGUGUCCGAUAAUUUGAAAAUGAUUUAAGAUUGUUUUAAAAGGCAUUAUUUUACAUAGAUGAUACUUAGAUAAUACUUGACUAAUAAUUAGAUAAUACUUGACAGCCAUUGGCCCCAGAUGUACAUUGGCAGCCCUCUAAUCAUUCGCAAUGACAAAAGAAUGAAUGUUUUAUGAGAAUUUCUUUGAGAAAGUCAGUGAACAAGUGGUUAGAGCAAAAGUUUUAAAGAGUGGCUGGUAGGGUGUGUAGCCUUCAUCACCUCUUCUACCUCUCGCUCUCUAAGAAUGGCUCAGUUUAACCAAAUAACAGCUGCUUAUGACUGAAUGGUCUUACUAUUCUCAGCCUUACCUUCCAUGGUAGGAUCUGAGCAAGCGGUUCCAAUCGGGCUGAUUAGAUUAUUGUAAUCAUAGCUUUUGGGUGCAAACAGAGAAUGUUGUAAUUCACUGAUAGUAGCCAAGAGCAGAAACGGUCUUUGUAUGUGGCAUGAUAAGGAAAGGGGCUUAAGAAAAUUGUUGUCAUAGCAUAUGUUAUGCUUCAAACUUUUUGGUAUGUUUAUAAUAAGUAGUGGCUAUUUGUGUUAAUUAAAUCUCACUGGCAUCGGGAGUCAAUCUGCUUUCAUGUACACUAUCAGCAGCGUGUUUAUUAAUGGGAUUAUUUUGUUAUAUCCAACACGUAUAUAGUAUGAUGCACAUGACCCUUUUGAUCAUCAGAGAUGCAAUCAUCUUGUCCGUCUUAACAAUGUGAGUCUAUUUGGUCCUAAAUAUCUAUAUUUGAAGGAUUGAGGUGUAGAUGGAAAUUUUCAGAAUGGAGCAUCACCAUUGGUUCAAUAUUUGUAAAAUAUGUCAGAUUUAAAUAGUAAAAUGCUCUAUUUAAACUUGGACACAGUAACAUGUUUAAACAAAAGAAUUGGAAAAUAUUAGGCCUACCCAUAUUGCUUUGACAUGCAGCUUAUUAUUGUGGUUUCAAACCAACAAAUGACUGACUAUCAUAUCCUAUGACUCAUUUUUGUUUGUAUUAUCUGUGGUUUUUAAAGAGAUACCUUUUCUCAUCAUUUAGCGAAGUGUUCUUCUCCAGAAGGCAUGAGUCGAUAAACCUCUGUAGUUUCUUCAAAGUUUGUAAAUCAUUUGGAAACUUUGUAGUGGAUCUUAACUGCUCAUUUAUUCCAGGUUAUAACUUAUAAGUCAUUGUGCACUCUUAAUAGAGUCCUAGUAUGAAUAUAGAUACCCUUUCAGGGAAAUCUAGACUCGACCUAGGCAGUUUUACAGUCCAGGUGUCUAAUUCAGGAUUUGUCUAAUCAAGUUGCCCCUUCUAAAACCAUACCUGCCUACACGUGGCCUGAAGACUUCAAAGAAAAUGUGUUUAGCCAUAUGAAGCUAACAAUAAAACAUGUAUAUUAAUGCAUGUUAUUCUUGGUACACACACACACCAUAUAUAUAUAUAUAUAUAUAUAUAUAUAUUGUACCGUCACUAUGUAAAUUUCACAAAUGGUGAAUUACAUUUAAGGGAUUGAAUGUGUUUUUUUUUUUUUCCAUAUAUGGUUGAGGUGCUGGUGGCAGUUGGCAAUACAUCAGGGAAAUAUGAUGGUCUUGCACUUAGUAUUUGUCACUCAGUGGUAUGUGUGGAUGUACAAUGUUUCCUUUGAGGAAUGCAUUAUUGCACAAUGCUAGGAGAUAAUCUUAUUUUGUGCUGCAGCCAAAUUGUAAAUAGUCAAACUGUGCAUCUGGUGUCAUAUUUGUGCAAUUUGUUAAUAUCAUGUGUCUGAAUCUCUGCUUUUUAAUGCAACAUGACAGGAAUAUCAUCCAACUAGUGUGAGACAUGUAAAUAUGGGGAUUAAGGAUUCUUGCAUUGUAAUUAAAGGAAUCUUCGUAAUUGAAUGGAUUAGAUUCAGACAGGUCUGAACUGAAAACCUUCCACUACUACAAUGUGAUGUUCAUGUAACAUUAACUGUAAGCAUUUAAGACAUCAAUUUAAGGCUUUCUCGCUAUAUAAAAAUAUAUUCAUGAUUUGCAUACUAUGAAGCAUUUGAUGUUUAAUUAUUUCUAUGUUUCAUCCCCAUAUGCAUUAUUAUUUCAGAUGUUUUGCUUUAAUUAAGUUGUGUUUGAUAAUGGAUUUCCAGAGUCAUCAGGUUCCUUAUUAUAUUUACACAGAAUGGUGGCUAAUAAUGAAGCAAAGAUAGAUGUUUAAAUCAAUAUUGGAGCUGCCUGAACUUCAAAUAAAGUUUUACAUUAAUAGCAAAAA